AUGUCAAGCAAUGGACUCUCGGCUCCUGGGAGCAGUGUCUACUCGUCCGACUCUAUGUAUGUCGGCGAUGGGACCUGGGACUCGCAGAGAAACACUUUCUUGCUGCCGAAUCUGCAAGGCUUAAACCUCGCGACCACCCAAUAUAAUGGCAUGGGAAACCGAUUCCGCAAUAUGGUCGGCUACCGCUCGGUCGUCAAGGGCCACGGCAUCCUGGCAGCGGUAACCUUUCUCUUCGUCAUCCCCGCCGCCAUCUUUAUCGCUCGAUUCUACCACCGCAAUCCACGAAUGGCAUUGCGCCUUCAUAUUUGGCUCCAAAUUCUCACCGUGCUGCUGUCGACGGCCGUCUUCAUACUUGGGUUCGAAGCAGUUGGGCUGGCGAGAUCGUUGACCAAUCCGCAUCACGGCAUUGGCGUAGCCAUUUAUACUCUGAUCCUGGUACAGGCGUUUGGGGGGUGUAUCAUACACAGGCGCGAGAAAGGCAAAGAGCGAUACAAGGUGCCUCUGAAGUUAAUGGUCCGUGGGAGCUUUGUCCAGUUGCAGAGAAAUGCUAACAAAUCUGCAGCUCCAUCAAUGGCUUGGGAGAUUGAUUGCGCUCCUGGGAAUUGUGCAAGUCGCGCUCGGUCUGACUUUGUACGGCUCACCCAAAGUGCUUUUCAUACUUCAUAUGUCGACGACGAGAAAUAUACAGAAGACGGCCGAAGAGGACGUACCUGGAGGGAUCGACUACUAGGCGCUGGAGCGGCCGCCGGAGGUAUAUUCGCGUUCAAGAAGUUGUUCGACCGAAAAAAGCACACAACGACUGAGUCAGGAAGCGACGUCAGCUAUAGUCGUCCCAUAGGCCCGUCCGAGGUCACCCAGACAGACCUGAGUCGAGUCGAGGAAGGUAGAGCGCCUGCGUCACCCGGUCGUGAUCACUGGCGUCGCGUCGAAGAGAGGGAGGCUGCGCAGGCGGCAGCUAUGGCGGGAAGCCCUUUGCGCCACGGCCACCGACCUCCGCGAAGUGGCGCAUCGAUUGACUCUUACGACAGUCGGACAAGCUUUAGCGACGAGCACGACACCAAACCGGAAGAAUCACAUGGUUUACGGAAUGGAAUAGCUGCGCUUGGGUUGGCGGGAUUCCUGAGGCACCAAUGGAACAAGCGUAGGAACAAGAAAGAGGACGAACAUGUAGCAGCGAUAAAGCAGCAGGAUAUCGAAGAGGAGCGGAUUGCUCGUGCGAAAAGCCAGCGGCGAAAGUAUACGGGAGACGGCGCGCCUCCUAGGAGGAAUCGACCUCCAUCGACCAUCAUCUCUGAGAGCGACAUAUCAGGAGCCACACCCGCCAUAUCACGAACAAAUGUCCCUCCUCCGCCGAGAAGCACGACGAAUGUCACGCAAACGGAAACCAUUGCUGGACCGUCCACAGCUCCACCUGCGGACCCUCAUGGUGUGUUCUCUGACUCAGGAUCCGAAGCCUACAUCUCAGCAGGCGGCGGUCGCCACCGUCGUCACCGCAAUGGGGGUACUGGAGCCUUGGCAGCAGGUGCCGCUGCUGCUGCCGCAUCUGCCGGCUCGCCGUCCAGGAGAGACCACGGUCACCACCGUAGCAGCGGUAGCGUAGCUUCACCGCCAGUCUCUGUAAAAGUGAAGAUGCACAAUGACGGGAGGCACGUAACGCUUAGGAGGCUGAAUGAGGAGGAGGCUGCCGCGGAAAGGGAAGCAAGGCGAAGGGACCGUCAGCGAAGGAAUCGAAACGGCAGCGUGAGCUCGCUGAGCAACUUCGAAGAUCGUGAGCGCUGGCGUCGAACGGAAGCCAUGGAAGCGGCCCAGGCCCCAGCGCCCGCGCAACCAGCCGCACCGAUACCGAUGCCUGAGCCCGUCAUUCCUCCUCCUCCCCCAGGUCCGCCUCCUGGAGCCGCUUUUCCAGCAGACCACCAGGUUCCGCUCCCUCCCCCGCCACCGAUCCCGGCUGCCGCGGGUAGCGGGUUGAGCAGUCCUCUGGGUACCCAGGCAUAUGGCACUGAGACGGACGUCAGCGCCUACGAUUCGAACAGGAGGCGGCGGAGAGCGGAACGGGCGCAGGCGAAGCAGGCGAGGAUGGGCGGCGGCCGCGUGGAGUUCUCAUGA